CCACUCUAUUCAUGUUGUAACGCAUCUAUGGGAACCCAACCAUGUAGACUAUGCAUUGUGAAUGAUGCCACGCUUUGUGUGGAUUGUAGUAAUGCCAAAUUGGAGUUAGAACGAAACUCUUGUGCGAAACUUGACUGGUUCAAUGAUGCCGCUAGAAAAGAGAUAAACAGAAUAUUUAUAGAAUCCGAACGCCUCCAACUGGCCAGCCGACCGGUGGAAGAGGGGCCCGCUAAGAAGACUAGUACUGGGGCUGGUACCAUACACCAGGUACCUAGAUCUCUUUCUCCAUCACCUUCAUCGUCACCAUCACCUUCAAUAAAUGGCAAAUUACAAGAUGCUAAAGUUCCCUCCGAACUACCAAUAGCUUCCAUUGACUCAAUUAAAGUUUUGUCACAACAACUUGUUCGGCUACAAGUAGUUAAUCAAAAGGUGAAGAUAAUGGGUAUUGAAAGGACAACAGAUUCUUUAGAGAGACGUAUAAAAAGUACAAGACAACAUGUAGAAGCACUUCGACAACGACUAGAGAAAGAACGCGAAUCAAUCCAUAAAGCAAAGAAAGUUAUUGAAUUGCAACGGAUUAAGAAGAUAAAUCUAAUUGAUUCAGAAAGAGACUUUACAAGAACGAAAUCCGAAAGAGUGAAGAGACAAGCAACCAGACUUCAAAUCAAGCAUUACCAUACGCUCAUGGAAAUGUCCUUCAGUACAUAUGUGGGGAAGUCAUACAUUUCGAAGCUCAAAGCUGGGAAACUACUUUUUAACAAGCAACCAAUUAUACCGCUUGAUAAAUUCUUUGAAUACAAUAAUAGAAUUGAACAAUUGAACAAUUUUCUCGAGAAUUUGAUAAUUCUUCAAAGAAAGAUUCUCAAUGUUUUCGAUGAUGGAGUUGUGAGAAUGCCAUACUUGGUAGAGUUGGAAAAGUUAAUACCUACCCUGAAAUUUUACGACAUUGUACAUAGUAAAGAGGUUCAAAUGUUGGGGUUUGAUGAUGGUGACGGAGAAGAAGAGGAGGAAAAGAGUGGUGGUAAAUUGAAUGGUGAAGAAAUGAGUAAACAAGAAAAGAAUCGACCAGGAAGGUCUAAUGAAAAAGUAAUUAAUUUAGGAGAUGCCUUAAUGCUUCCACUCUCUUCCAAAACAAUUAAUAACCAAAGAAGACUAUCAUUAAAUCCUGGUGCAGUUUCCACCGGAAUUCCGGAACCUAUUUCUUCUGCCAACACCACUGAUAAAUCAAAUACGGAAUCCACACCAGCUUCACCAUCACCACCACAAAUGCAACGUACUAAUAAGCUUUUAAAUGGGAAAAAAGUUGUGAUAAUUCCACAUAAGAUUCUUACUAAACCAUUUACCAAACUUACUCCCAAGGAAUAUUUGAAAUUUCUUCAAAUUGUAGUUAAGAUCUUGGUAAAUUUCAAACUGUUUUUCUCUCUCAUAAGACCAUUAUCUGAAACAUACGAUUUAGAAAAGAUCCUCACACAUGUGUCCACAUUGGGGAGUUAUUUUGAAAGAAAAUUGGAAGACCAGCCACUAUCAAGUAGUCCUUAUGAAACGACAACACAAGAAGAACUGCUGUCAGUUGUUUCGACAGUGGCACUUUCUGGAAAAAAGAGUAUGAAAAACUUUUAUUCAAAGAUAUUUGGAGCGGAGUCUCCUUUAAAUAUACAAUCUGUUGGCACUGGUGAAGUCGGUGGUGGUGAUACGGGUGGAAUCUUUGGUAAUGUAAGUGAAAUGGGUCAAAGUGUUGAAUCUCCGGCCAAAUCCGUGAUUAAUCCAACAGAUAAUAUGAAGGUUACAAUACAGAGAGUUUAUGGUAUUAUUGUUGGAGGGGUAAAGAAGGAUAAAGUGGCAGCAAGUAAAGUCCAUUUAGAAGAUUGGGAUGUAAUAAGUAAAAUGUUAUAGGGUAACAACAAUGCAAUACAUUUAUAUCAUGAAAGUU